CAAGCUUUUCUCGCACGAGCAAACAUAUGUUGUGUUGAAUAACAUUGGCAAACCACAGAACCUCACACUCUCAGUAUCAAGGCCUCGAAGUCACCGCUACUUUCCGAGCGGUGAACCGAAAUUCAACAGCGCUAAUCGCAAAUUUUCUAUCAACCAGACCUUCAAACCACCUUACAACGCAAAAGGCUUUAGGUGGUUCACAUGCUUCGGUCGCGCCGACGCCGGUCUCUCAUACGCGCCUAGGCGUGUGCUAACGACAGGGAACUCAGCGAAAUAGCCACAGGAGCAAGCGGCCAUGGAGGCGGAGCUGGAGGCGGUCGUCUCCACCUCCUAUGAGGGGUCGGUGGACGUGCAGGGCCGCUGGGAUGGGCACGGCCGCGUUAGCUUCAAGAGCGGUGCCACGUACGACGGCACGUGGCGCGCCGGCCGCAUGCACGGUCACGGCAAGUUCGUGUUCCCUGACGGCAUCAGCUACGAGGGCGAGUUCCAAGACAACCAGCUGACCGGCACGGGGGUCUACACCUGGCCCAGCGGCGCGCAGUACGAGGGCACGGUGGUGAGGGGGCGGCGCGAGGGCCGCGGCCGCCUCAGCUUCACCAAGAGCGCGGCGGUGUACGAGGGCGACUGGCGCGACGGGCUGCGGCAUGGGCAGGGCGUGCUGUACACCAACGUGCAGCGCAGCAGCUAUUACAGGGGCCAGUGGCUGGACGACACCAAGCACGGCGCGGGCGUGAUGCGGUACGACAACGGCGACGUGUACGACGGCCAGUGGGAGGCGGACAAGAAGCGCGGGCUGGGCACCAUGCGAUGGGAGAGCAGCCGGCAGCAGUACGCGGGCGAGUGGGACAACAACGUGCCCAACGGCGCCGGACUGCACGUUUGGUUCAGCGAGCAGGAAGCGGGCAUUCCCACACACGCGCAGUUGCUCAUGCACAACAGGUACUACGGCCACUUCAAGAACGGGCGGCGGCACGGCUACGGUGUGCUGUACUACGCCACCGGCGCCCGCUACGAGGGCUACUGGCAGGGCGACCUGAAGCACGGGCAGGGCUGCUACGUGUUUGAGAACGGCGAGGUGUGGGCGGGCGCCUUCGCGCACGACCGGCCGGGGCUGGCGCCCGGGGAGGCCUUCGCGCCCGCCAGCACGGGAGUGCAGCUGCAGAUUGACGACCUGGUGGAGGAGGAGGAGAACCCCACUGCCAGCCGCCGCGCCAUCAGCAACCUGCUGCUGUGCUACAACACCGAGCUGCGCAUGCUGUACGACAAGUACUGCAAGCGGCCCUCCCACCAGCUGCCGCCCAAGAUGCCGCGGCUGAGCUUCUCCGUGCUGGCGGCCCAGGUGUGGGAGCUGGCCAACGACUGCCGCCUGCUGAGUCCGGCGCUGACGCUGUCGGGGCUGGACGCCAUCUGCGCCACCAGCCGCCUCAUGCCGGAGCGGCUGCGGCAGUUCCGCAGCCAGGAGACGCCCAAGGCCAUGGACUACCUCACGCCCGAGCAGGUCCGCUUCUGGCGGCACCUGGCGACCGAGCACGCGCCCGGCGGCGGCCACAGCCCCGUGGCUGACCUGACCUUCCGCGCCUUUGCCGAGGUGCUGGUGCGCGCCGCCGCCGCCCGCUUCGCGCACCUGCCCUCCCUGGAGCGCCGCCUGCACCAGGCCCUCACGCUGCACGUCCUGCACCUCGUCAACAAGGCCAAGGCCACGCUGCCCUCGCCGCCCUCGCCCACGCCCGUGCUGCCGCCCAACAUUGCCGUGGAGGCCGCAGUAGCCGCGCUGGACGCCGUACGGCCGCGCAUGGCCGAGAUCUUCCUAGCAGCAGCCGGAGCCGAGCCGCCGCUCAGCAAGGAGCAGCAGCAGCAGGAGGCGGCGGCGCCGGAGGCGCGCGGCGGCGCCACCGCCGCGGCGGGCGGCCCCACUGACCCGGUGUACGGCGUGACGGCGCCGGCGCGCGCGCUGGCGGCGGCGCUGGAGGCGGCGGCGGCGGCGGGCGGGCGGCUGGCGUACCCUCUAGGCUUCAAGGGUGCGCUUCUGCAGCUGCUGUGGAACUACGUCAGUCGCAACGCCUACGGGCCCGUGCAGCGCAUGACCAUGGAGCCGGUCGGCAGCGGCGACGGCUCCGAGGGCGCGGGCUUCCGCACCGCCGCUGAGUCGCUGGCGGCGGAGGACGAACAGGAGCUGAUGUUUGUGAUGGAUCAGCCGCUCAGCUGGGCCGAGUUCGUAGACGGCGUGUGGCGUAUCGCAACGGAUUGGGCGGCGGACGUGAGUGACGCGGCCUCGCAUGCGGUGGUGCCGCUAUCGGACAGGCUGGGAGCGGUGCUGGGGCUCGAGCCGGAGCCGGAGCCGGAGCCGCCCGCAGUUGGGGGAGGCGGGCAUGGGCGGGCGAAGAGUGCCAAGGGCGGGGCGGGUGGGGCGGUCCUGGCCAAGGGGCUGUCGAGGAAGGGGCUGGGGGUGCGAGGGGCGGGCGUGGGAGAGGGUGGGGAGGAUGGGGGUGGUGGGGAAGGCUACGGCGGCGGCUCGGCACUGCAGAGCCUGGAGUCGGGUGAGCGGCCAGACAUGGCGGCGGGCGGCGCGGAUGCAGCGUAGUGCGGGGCGGGCACAUCACGCGGUAUGCCUGUUCUGGAACUGAGGACGCUUGCUGUGCGGGACGUGUACUGGUUUGAUAGGUCUAGCUGCCCAGCAAUAGCACGGCCAAUAGCUGUUAGCGUAGCUUCUAGGGUCGAGAAGGCAACAACUGGAAUCGCAUAUCGCACCCGUGGAGGGCACUGUAAAGGUGGCAGGCA